UCCCGUAUUUGACAACUGAAUGCGGAAGUGUUUCGAACAGCGCUGGUUCAGUCUUGUCUCCUGGUGUCUGUUGGUUGGGUUUAGUUUUUAGUAACAAAAUGUCUAAGGAGUUGCCGACAGUCAUUAACGGUCGUGGUUUUGAGGGUCAGAGGAGGUAUCCAGGAGGUUACACAGCAGACAGCGAGCAGAAUGACCUCCGGGCAAGAGCACGAACACAUGGCAUGUCUAAGCCCAUGCCUGAAUUUCAGGCUGCAUCAGAUACAGUACCAGAAGCAGCCCAAGUGGAUGACUGCGAGAGGCUGGGCACUCUGUUUGGGAUGUUCAAUAAGUGCCUAAGAGGCAUCGGCUUCACACAGCUCUACUUUGGGGAAAAGAUCGUAGAGCCUGUGGUUGUGCUUCUCUUCUGGCUGCUACUCUGGUUCCUUGGCAUCCAGGCCCUGGGUCUCGUAGGAACUCUUUGUAUCAUCAUCAUAUACCUCCAAAAGUAGUUGCCUAAGAGGAAUGAAAUGAUUAUAUUCUUUGUGUCUUGGCAUGAUCUAAUACAGAUCAACAUAAUGAUUGUCCCUUUAUAAUGAACAGCAUUAUAACAUUUGAUGGGUUUAGUUUUCUCUCCUUUGUGAGCCUUAAAUGACUGCAUACAUAUACUGUGUCAUAGUAAAGUUGUUCAACCUUUAUAAAGUUUUUAUAUAGGAUUUAAUUGUUUGGUGGUUUAAAAACACUUUGUGCCAUUUUUAAUUGAGCAAAUCUGAAAGAGUUGAAAUAAGACUUUUAUGUGGCACUGUAACUGAGUAUAGUACUAAACAGGAAGUUUCAGAAAUCUGAUAUUGAAGGAUUUUUGUCAUCUAUGCACUAAUUUAGAUGUUUUUAAUAAGCAUGUUUUCUUAAAUAUCAAUUUGUAUUGACUGUUGAGUUACUUUCAUAACUAGCAUGGAUGUUAAUGGAAAAAGCACUUUAAGAGGAAGAAAAAUACUAUUUUACCUUUUUCCAUAAAAAUAAGAGACAUAUCAACCAUACUUUCUCUUGAAAAUGAAAUGAAUGGUUUUAUUCUUUUGUUGUUGGUUUAUCUCAUUGCCCUUGUAGUUAUUUUUGUAGUGUGCAUUCUCUACACAAGCGCACUAGAGGGCAACACCUUCAUGCUCCCUAUUUCCUAGAAAGCAACAAGUUAUCUCUUUGUAACAAAUAGUAAACUCUAAUUGAUAAAGGUCUAAAUGUACCAAAGCAUUGCAUGUCGUUCACAGUCAGGCAUGGAAACUGCGUGUAAAACAAAUGAUUCAUUCUUAAUAUUUAAGUGAACUGAGCUUUUUCAUUAUAGUGAGUGAGUGAGUGAGUGAGUGAGUGAGUGAGCGAGAGAGUGCGUGUGAGUGUGUGUGAGUGCGUGUGCGGUGCCCUGUGUUGGACAGUUGUCCUAUUCAGAGUGUUUUCAUGUUGUGCUCCCACUGUUCCUGGGAUAAGGAUAGGGCUAGGGAUCCAUGCCAACCUUGAUCAGGAAUAUUCUAUAUUAAUGGAUGAAUGUAUAAUUCUCAAUAUUAUUAUCUUUCUGUAUCCUGCUGUAUAAUCCAAAGAUUCUUGCAUAACAUCAAGCAUUGCAAAUCUAAAAAUUAUUAAAACAAUGUAUUAAAACAUUAACCAAACGAAUUCUGAAGGUUAAAAAAAAAACCUAAUUUAUGUUAUUUAAAGGAGACAAAUUUUUAGUAGAAAAUGAGUUAUAAGACUCACAUCUGAAAACUGUUUGUGAAUAUGAUUAUUUGUAAAUGUGAUUUUUAACUGCAAAGUUGUUUGAGCUCCAAAACAGGCAUAAGUUUUGCUAAUGAUUGUGUAUUUUUUUAAAAAAAUCAUACGUUCGGUUAUGAUUGUGUCAAAAAUGUGAUCAAUGGCAGUUUACAACUGUUUCUUUAUACCUCAUUUAGCAGACGUUGUGCCAUUAUUUAGAUGAUUACAUGUAUGUAUGCCAUCUUGCUGCAUUUAUCAGCUCUUUUGGAUUUUUUUUGUUAUAUAUUUUACUUCUGUAUCUGCAAUCAACUGUGGCUUAAUAUUUGGUUGUCUAAAUAAAAAUCAGUAUGUUUUUAAAAAA